ACGUAAACCGGUUCCAUUAGCAUCUCCACUUCCGGAGAUGCUCUUUGUUCUUGUUCCUCUCUCUAUAUCUUCAUCCUCUUUGGUUCUCGGAUUUGCCCUGAUUCAAUCCACUCAUGGCCUCUGCUUCGAUUCCCGCGAGUUCCUUCGGGAGCGCCAGCCGGGAGCUUUUCCGACGGGCGGAGCUCCGCCGUGGUAGGGUUGAGUUGAAGCCCUUCGCCGUCCGCUCGUCUCUUGACAACAUGGUCUCUGAUAUGAGCGUCAACGCUCCCAAAGGGUUGUUUCCUCCCGAGCCUGAGCACUAUAGAGGCCCUAAGCUUAAGGUGGCUAUCAUUGGAGCUGGACUUGCUGGGAUGUCGACAGCCGUGGAGCUUCUAGAUCAAGGGCAUGAUGUUGAUAUAUAUGAUUGCCGAACAUUUAUUGGUGGGAAAGUUGGUUCCUUUGUGGAUAAGCGUGGGAAUCAUAUUGAAAUGGGAUUACAUGUGUUUUUUGGUUGCUACAACAAUCUUUUUCGUCUUAUGAAGAAGGUUGGUGCUGAAGCGAAUUUGUUGGUGAAGGAUCACACUCACACAUUUGUAAAUAAAGGAGGAGAAGUUGGUGAACUUGAUUUCCGGUUUCCAGUGGGGGCACCAAUACAUGGAAUACGUGCAUUUCUAGCAACUAAUCAACUCAAGCCUUAUGAUAAAGCAAGGAAUGCGGUGGCUCUUGCUUUAAGCCCAGUGGUACGUGCUCUUGUUGAUCCUGAUGGCGCCAUGCAGCAAAUAAGAGAUUUAGACAAUAUUAGCUUCAGUGAUUGGUUUAUGUCUAAAGGUGGCACCCGAGCGAGUAUCCAAAGGAUGUGGGAUCCUGUUGCCUAUGCACUUGGGUUUAUUGACUGUGACAAUAUUAGCGCUCGAUGCAUGCUCACCAUAUUUGCUCUUUUUGCCACAAAAACUGAAGCCUCUCUUUUGCGCAUGCUAAAGGGUUCUCCUGAUGUUUACUUGAGCGGUCCUAUCAGAAAGUAUAUCACAAAUAAAGGUGGCCGGUUCCACCUAAGAUGGGGAUGCCGAGAGAUACUCCAUGGGAAAUUGCCUGACGGCAGUACUUAUGUUACAGGGCUUGCCAUGUCUAAGGCCACAGAGAAGCAAAUUGUCAAAGCAGAUGUUUAUGUUGCAGCAUGUGAUGUUCCUGGAAUCAAGAGAUUGAUUCCAAAUCAGUGGAGGGAAUGGGAUUUAUUUGACAACAUCUAUAAAUUAGUAGGGGUCCCUGUUGUCACUGUUCAGCUUAGGUAUAAUGGUUGGGUAACAGAACUACAAGAUCUGGAAAGAUCAAGGCAACUGAGACAGGCGGUAGGUCUGGACAAUCUUCUUUAUACACCAGAUGCAGAUUUUUCUUGUUUUGCUGAUCUUGCACUUGCCUCACCAGAGGAUUAUUAUAUUGAAGGACAGGGGUCCUUGAUCCAAGCUGUUCUUACACCUGGUGACCCCUACAUGCCCUUGCCCAAUGAAGCAAUUAUAGAGAGAGUGCAAAAACAGGUUCUGGAUUUGUUCCCAUCAUCACAAGGUUUAGAACUUCUCUGGUCUUCAGUAGUUAAACUUGGCCAAUCCCUGUACCGAGAGGCACCUGGUAAGGAUCCAUUUAGGCCUGACCAAAAGACACCAGUGAAGAAUUUCUUCCUCGCCGGUUCCUACACCAAACAGGAUUACAUUGAUAGUAUGGAAGGAGCAACCUUAUCAGGCCGGCAAGCGGCGUCGUACAUUUGUAGUGCAGGUGAAGAACUGGCAGCUCUUCGCAAGCAAGUCUCCGCCAUCGAAGCAGAACAAAUGCUGAAAGGUUCAGACACUGCAGAUGAACUCAGUCUUGUAUGAUAAAUGAACAAUUAUAUCCAUCGAUCCUCAUCAUCGUUCUUUGAUUUCGUCAUUUUACAUGGUUCCCUCACUAUGUAUCAGUCACAGUGAAAACUUGUGAUAAAAUGUGUAUGAACUACAUGAAAAAAGUAAUGAUAUUAACAGAGUUAUUGAGCUCCGAA